ACCAAAGUAAUUGGGGCAAAGCCCAAGGUGGCAGGCAGAAGCUACUGAUUUCCGUCACCUGGUAUCUAUCAGAUAUCCCAGCCCCAGGCCUGGCCUAUCUCACUUGCCCUCUCUCCCCACAUUUGUGAAAAACUGGCAGCAUCAAACUGAACUAGCAGACGCUAUCUAAAGCAGCUCUUGAAUCCUGAGGGCUUGGAGACAAGGAGCAAUGUUUCAUCCUCGGUCUACUCUCUGAGGCAUGAAUGAGAAGACAGAUGUGAAAUCUCUUUGUAAAUUCUAAAACCCCUUGCUGUUGAAUGGAUUACAACUUGUAACAACCCUACAGGACAGAAUAGAACUGCCCCACAGGGUUUCCAAGGAGCAGCUGGUGGAUUCGAACUGCCGACCUUUUGUUUAGCAGGCAAACUCUUAACCAUUGCGCCACCAAGGCUCCCUGUAAACUAUAAAGUGGGUACAAAUGUGAGACCUGGAGACUCACAACCACCUGUCUUAGAGCGUCCCUGUCAUUACCUACCUCUGUGUGACUUUGGUGAGAUAAGCAAGCUAGGCGGACUGUCUUCGUCUCCAAGACACCUUACGUGACUUACCCUCAGUAAAGACAAGACCAAAGAUGUGUCUCCAGGGAGAGAGUCCCAGGACACAGUUCUGAGAGUGAAAUGACGACGCCCAGAAAUUCACUGAGUAGAGCUUUACCAGCAGAGCCUAUGAAAGGCCCUAUUGACAUGUAUCCUGUUCAGAAAAUAAAUCCCCAGAGGAUGCUUUCAGUGGUGGGCCCUGCACAACACUUCUUCAUGAGGGAGUCUAAGGCUUUGGGGGCUGUUCAGAUCAUGAAUGGGCUCUUCCAUUUUGCUCUGGGGGGUCUCCUGAUGAUCCCCAUAGGGAUCUAUGCACCCAUCUGUGUGACCGUCUGGUACCCUCUCUGGGGAGGCACUAUGUUUAUCAUUUCUGGAUCACUUCUGGUAGCAGCAGAGAAAAAUCCCAGGAAUAGUUUGGUCAAAGGGAAAAUGAUAAUGAACUCACUGAGCCUCUUCGCUGCCAUUUCUGGAAUAAUUCUUUUGAUCAUGGACAUAUUUAAUAUUACACUCUCUCAUUUUUUUAAAAUGGAGAGUCUGCAAUUUAUUAAAGGCACCAAACCAUAUGUUAAUAUAUACAGCUGUGAAUCAGAUAAGAACUCUGAGGGAAGCUCUCUAGCUACACAAUACUGUCACGGCAUACGAUCUGUAUUCCUGGGCAUUUUCGCAGUGAUGCUGAUCUUCUCCUUCUUCCAGAAACUUGUGGCAGCUGGCAUUGCUGAGAAUGACUGGAAAAGACUGUGCUCCAGACCCAAAGCUAACGUGGUUCUCCUAUCAGCUGAAGAAAAACAAGAACAGACAACUGAAAUAAAAGAACACGUGAUUGAGCUAACUGAAAUAUCUUCCCAAUCAAAGAAUGAAGAAGAAAUUGAAAUCAUUCCAGUCCAAGAAGAAGAAGAAGAAGAAGCAGAAAUAAACUUCCCAGAACCUCCUCAAGAUCAGGAAUCCUCACCAAUAGAAAAUGACAGCGCCCCUUAAAGGAUUUUUCUGUUUUCUGUUUCCUUUUUUUAAGCAUUAGUGUUCAUGGCUUCUAAGAAGAUGCAUUUACGUAUUUCUCCCCAUGCAUGUAUAUCCUUCACAUUUCUCUCUCUUGCCUUUGCACGGAGUGACCGCCACACCCUUCUGUCUCUCAUUCAGAGAAUGUAGCAAUUGUAGCAAGUUGUGUUUUCUUCUUUCUUGUUUUGGGCAACUUUCUUACAUUAAAAAAAAAAAAAAAAGGAAGAAUAAG